CAAGUUUCUUGUCACAAAGCAUUCUUGUUGUGGAAAGGAAGGGAUAAAAGUCGCCAGCCAUACAAAAUGCCGAUCUUCAGUCAACAAUCGAAUUUCGUGUUUCGACCAGUAUUUGUUAAUCGCGAAAAACAUGGAAACAUAGUUAUCGUCAUGAUCUUGGUAAAAGAAACAUCAAAGACGAUUUUAGCAUGAAGAAUAUCUUUGCAAACAAAGCUUCCCUAGCGGAUGAAGCAUGCAAAAGAGGGGAUUUCGAAAAAGCAACAAGAAUUUACAGCGAGUGCAUUAGGAAUGACCCCACGAAUCCGAUGCUUUUUGGGAACAGGUCGGCUGCUUAUGUUAAGAACAAACAGUUCGAUCUCGCCUUGAAUGAUGGUGUCAGCGCGGCUCAGCUGCAGCCAACCUGGCCUAAGGCACAUUACAGACAAGGAGUCGCUUUGCAGCACAUGAAUCGCCACUCUGAAGCGCUGGCAGCGUUUGCCACUGCGGUGGCCCAUGACCCAGGGAGUGAGCAGCUACUGCACACUCUCAUAGAAGCGGGCCUCAAGUCACCACUCCAAGCAACGCUGUCACCGCUGUUUGCCCAGCUCCAAGAUAUGGGCCGGGACAACGACCCUUUUGUCAUUACUUCAAUCAUUGGACAGGAGCUAUUAUCGGUACGGGAAGUUUAUCCUGCGAUCACUGUACUUGAAGCAUCACUGCAAAUCGGCACAUCGGAUGUUAAGUUAAAAGAAUCAGUGCUGUCUGCUCUUAGCAGCGCGCACUGGAAGACGGGAAAUACCAAACGAGCAAUGCGCUAUAUGGAGGAUGAUUUGAAAACUGCGGAGGAGCUCGAAGAUGAAGCGGGCCAGUGUCGGGCUCAUGGUAACCUUGGCAAUGCGUUUUAUUCACAGAACAUGUACAAAAAGUCCUUGAAACAUCAUAAGCUCCAGCUUAACAUUGCGACUAAGUUGCAGGAUGGACAGCUCAUUGCAGAAGCCUUGACAUCACUAGGUCAUGUGUAUGUUUCAACAGGGGACCUCUCCAGCGCACUGGCCAGCCAUAAACGUUGCUUGGUUGUAAGAAAAGAGUUGAAUGACCGUGCAGCAGAAGGCAAAGAACUAGGCAAUGUCGGCUCAGUAUAUACAUUGAUGGGUGAUUAUCGUAAUGCAAGCCAGUAUCAUUUAGAGAGUCUUCGUGUAGCUGAAGAAAUCCAGGACAAAAAUGAAGCUAUUAGAUCUUGCAAUAAUCUUGGCAGUUUGUAUUACAAUAUGCGACAGUUUGACGAUUCUGUGACUUAUUUAAUAAAGGCAGUGAAUCUAGCAGUUGAGCAAGGUGACUUGUCUGCCCAGUGUAGGGCUUUAGGGGGUCUUGGCCAUACUUACAGAGGGCAAAUGAAGCUAGAGGAGUCUCUGAGGUGCCACGAUAAACAACUUAAAAUCGCCAUCAAAAUCACUGAUCGCUCUUCGGAAGCGAGAGCUCGCUCGAAUAUAGGUGUUGUCUUGCAGCAGAAAGGACAGUUUCGACAAGCGUUGGAUUUUCACAAGACUCAUCUCGUAAUAUGUCGUGAACUCCGAGACAAGGAUGGCGAAAGCAGGGCGUGUGGGAAUAUUGGAAAUGCAUACCACUCUUUGGGACAAUAUGAAAGAGCAGUGAAGUACCACAAAUAUGCUAUUGCACUGUCAAAGGAGCUAAGAGAUCAACACAGCGAGGCUUCAUUGCACGGAAAUCUAGCCGUGGCCUUUCAAGCAUUAGAAAUGUAUGACGAAGCGGAGGCACACUAUAAAAAAUACCGGGAAAUGGUGCGAGAUUUAAAUGACCUUCACGGUGAAUGCCAAGCGGAGAGCAAUCUUGGUAACUUUUACAUUGCUAGGGGAAACCCAAAUACGGCAGUCGAGCAUUAUUCUCGUGAACUGACAAUUGCAGAAAAACUGGACAACGUUGACGAGAUGGCUAAGGCUUGUCAUAGUUUAGGAUAUGUUCUAUCUGAAAAAAGCUACGAUGACUCUAUUGAAUACUACGAAAGGAACAUUCGACUCGCAACUAAACGCGGUGAACGUGCAACACUUACAAGUGUGUAUUGCAAUUUAGGACUGGCCUACUUAGCUGUUAAUGAUUUCGAGAAAGCUGCAGCCAGUCAGAAGAAGUUUCUUCUCGCGUCUACUGAGAAGAAAAAUGUUUACAAUAUUUGCAAGGCCCUUGGGAAUAUUGGCGAUGUUUAUUUCAAAGAAGAGGAAUUCACAGAGGCAUUGCGAUACUUCAGCGAGAAACUCAAAGUUGCCGAAGAAAGCAAAAUUGAGACUCAAAAAGCUGUUGCUUGCAAUAAGCUUGGUAAAACGUAUUUUUGUGUUGGCAAUUACAGAAAAGCGCUUGAACUGUACAAUAAAGAGUUGAUGUUGGUUAAAAAUUUCAACGAAACGUCAAAAGUAUUUGAUUGCUUAGAAAACAUAGCACAUAUACAGUUGGCGAAGCGGAGUUAUAAGGAAGCGUAUGCUACCUACUUGGAACAACUUGAACUGUCAAAGAAGUUGAAAGAAGAUGACAAGGAGGCCAGAUCUCACAAUAACCUCGGUUUGAGUUUGAUACAGCUUGAAUCGUAUGAAGAUGCCCUAAAGGAAUUCGAAAAGCAAUUAGAGAUACUGAUUAAAACGAAUGCUGGUGAACUUGAAGAAGGAAGAUGUCGCGGCAAUAUUGCCGAGUGCUAUUUUUAUUUGAAAAAUUUCAAGGAGUCACUGAGAAGCUACCAGUUGUGUUUUGACCUUGUAUCGUCAGCGGGGAGUGUUUUGGAUCAGGACAUGGCCUAUAAAUGUCUAUCCACCGUACACAAAGCUAUGGGUAAUAUGCAAGAGGCCAGGGUUUGUACGGAGAAGAGACUUGUAUUGUCACAGGACGUUGAAGAUGCAGUGAAAUGCGAGGCCUAUGGCGAACUAGCUGAAAUACAUCUCUCUAUGGAAAAUCUUGACCAGGCAAUUUCUUAUUUCGAAAACCAGCGUAAAAUUGCAAAGGAAAGUGGGAACGUCGAGUCGGAGAUAAGCGCUGUUGGAGGACUAGGGAGAGUACACGAGAAAAGUGGCACGUUUGAGCAGUCUUUGAAGUUUCAUCUUGUGGAAUAUGAGCUAGCUGAAAGAUCCGCGAAUCUCGAGGCAGAAGGAAAGGCAGCGAGUAGCCUGGGGCUGAUUUAUAAGCACCUUGGAAAGUAUCCGGAUGCAGUUAAGUAUUGUGAGAAAGCACUCGCAGUUGGCAGUCAGUUGAAGGACGAGAAAUUGCAGCUUUUGGUUCAGUCCAGACUGGCAUUGAUCAAACAUCUAAUGUGCCGCAAUUCAGAAUGCUUCUCGCAUUUGCAGAAGGUGAAGGAUAUCGCAGGAAGAACCAAAAGUCAUGCUGAAGUCAUUAAAACAUACUUUCGGCUUGGUAUGUGUGAAUUCGUUCAAGGCAAUUAUACGGCUGCUGAAAAGAAUUUCCAGCAUGUUUUUACGCUCGGUGUUGAUAUGGCAGUGAAAGAGGAUGGAAAGGAGAUUGCAAAUUUUGUUUCUGCAGCAUACCAAAUGCAGCAAAGGACUCUUGCUGCCGACAAAAAAUAUUUAGAUGCUUUGAAGGUUGCUGAGAAAGCUCGGUUGUUUGAGUGCCGCAUUGGCAUGAAGUCUGAACACUUCGACAAGAGUCGACUUGAGGCUUAUCAAAAUUCAUCGGAUACCUUGCUAAAACACUUGAAGAAACUUGAUUCUAUUGUGUUGUAUUACUCGAUUGCUGGCGGACAGAUCCUGUUGUGGUUGCUAGCACCGGGCAAAGGUAUUGUCAAGUUUACCAUGAUACCGUUGUUGGAUGGCUACGGAACUGAAGACUUCGAGGGCGCCGACUUAGAUGACAUACCUCAUCAUGUUCCUCGUCAGGUGACUGAGAUCCUGGAUGUAUUAAUCAAAGAGUUGAGGGAAAGCAUCGGAGUUGGGGCCUUUUGCAGCAAAACAGAACUGCGGAGGCAUCGCAGUUUCGAUUGCGAAAUGGUGGAGAUAUUACCCCCGGAUCAAAUGCCAUUAAAGAAAUACAGCCGAAUCGGCCAGCGAGCGUCUGCAUUUAGUCCCCCAACCAAGAUCAAUAAAACUACUUACAAUUUUUCGAUGAAGCAGAAGCCGUCUAACGUUGUGCAGUCUGUGGUAGAUAGCGAAUGGGCGGGGAAGGCGCGAAUUUCGCCCUUGAACAAUUUACUGAUUAGGCCUGUUCGAAAGGAGUUGAAUGUUCUAAGAUCAAAAGAAAGUGAAGCAGUUAAUAUGUUAAUUGUUGUUCCCCAUGACUUGCUUCUUGUUCCAUUUGCUUUGCUCAAGGAUUCCUCUGCUACCAAAUAUUUUGCAGAAAGCUUCAAGAUUCGCACCACAACAAGCUUGGCAUUUGCCUCUAGAGGAGGAGGCGGGAAAAAAGAGAAACCAACCGAGGAGCCAUUUAGAGAUGUCAUUGUGAAUGGAAACGAGGUUGGCGUGAAGGAAGAAGUGACAAACAUGAAGAAGAUCUUGGGAGCUGACGUGAUUGCUUUAGAUGACGGAGAAAAGGCCGACUUUAGACUGAAGUUGUCAACUGCGAACAUAAUUCACUUCGCAGCAAAAGUGGCCUGGUCAUCAGCAUCUCUUGUGUUAAGCGGAGAAGAGGUUGGUCGCGUGUUGUGCAGCAGUCCAAAUUCGGAGCCAGAGUUCGAUUCCUUUGAUAGCUCGUCCCGUGUGCAUUUUCCAGCAAUGCCUGAUAUUUUGCUGUCAGCGGAGGAAAUCUCGACCCUCGACCUACAUGCUAAGCUUGUAGUGUUUUCCGUUUCUCAAGUCGCACAGCACGAAGACUCGGUGUCCUCUGAUACAUUAGCCUCAUUGAUAAACGCUUUUCAGUUGGCCGGAGCCGAGGCUGUCAUUGUCUCGCACUGGCCCUUGUCAAACCCGACUGCAGAAGCGUUUUUCGCUAGCUUCUAUGAGAAAUUUGAAGAUGGCGCAGAUAUUUGUGACGCAUUUCAACAAAGUGUGCUUGUAGUAAAACAAACACCUUCUUUAAGUCACCCAACAAAUUGGGCUGGCUUUCUGCUCUCUGGCAAAAAUAUUUCGCUGCAUAAGAAGCGGGCUUCAUUGGCUCAGGUCCUACAUCUUCUGCUCGAGAGGCCUAACAGAGAUGCUAUCAAAGUACUCCUGCAUUUGGUUGAAAAAGCUCGUCAAAGAAUCGCACAAGGAAGACGAACAUCUAUGUACACUACCGAGGCAAGUGUCAAAGCCAAAGUUGGAGAUGUUUUAGGUUGGCAAGAGUUGUUAACAAUGGUUGGCUUUCGGUUCGAGCGUGCCAGUGGCGAUUUACCGUCUUCGGUUUUCUUUCCUUGGACUGAUCAUGUCGGAAUAUUGAACCGAUGUAGUAACACACUGUAUGCCUUUCUUGGGCUAACAAGAAAUGGAAUGGACGCCAUGUCGAAACUGCGGUCUGCCCCUGAAGUUGCAAGUUCUCUUGUUUCCCUCCUGCGAGAUGUUAUCGGCUACUUCUCCGAAGAGUCGUCAAACGUGCAAGUUCCCCUAAGCAUUAAGGUGUGGCGAGUGCCGGGUUGCCAUGAACUCCUGUCCUCGCUUGGAUUCGACCUCAUGGGCGUUGGCCGUGACGAAGUGGUAUUACGCUCUGGCAGAUGCAACCUCCGCCGCCCAUUGCAGUGCGCCUUGCAGGCCAUUAUCGACCUCUUCGAAGCGGAGGAUAUUGAAGGCGAUUUCAUGUGCAGCGUGAAUGGUAGGGCAGCUUCUGAAAUCCAACUUCGUAAUCGACUCUCUGGCAGCCAGUCACUAUCACGUGAGAGCAUAGACAGUGGGUAUCACCCCGUUCGAAAAGCGAGGUCAUCCCCAAUCAGACCAGUCGCAGUUUCAAUGUACCAUGAUAAGAGCAGCCAUCACGGCAGCGGGGACCUUUCUCGUGAAGUGAAUGGGCACGCUGAUCGUAAUAACAAUGGCAUCAGCUUACUUUCAUUGCAGACCAAAGUAGGGUUAUUUGGUGGCAAAGGCAGUGAGUCUGAUGUUGGCCCAAGUGCAAGGAGACUCAGAGGUCGCGGUUCAAUCACAAAUGUCACCAGACCACCUGAUGAUGAUAAUUAUGGGAAGCCUUUGUCAAAUGAAUCAGCCAAGAUGAGUAGCUCUUUGAAAAAAUUCAAAACAUCAGAAAGUUUGCUUGAUUUAGCUGAAACCCCAAAUGGACAUUUCAUGACGGACGGUCCUAUGUUUUAUCAAGAAAGCACAAAAUCAAUAUUCGGCAGUUCAAGUGAAACAGCAGAUCAGGAUGCAUGGAAAAGCCAAACACUUCCGCCUCGAAUGAAUCAAUUUCCUUCUUCGAAUAACAUACCAAUACCUGGAAAUAACUCCAGUCACAGAAAGGUAAGCAACACCAACAGCCUGCCAAGACGCAUACUCUCCAAGUCAGACUCGUUUCCAAUUGAUGAUCUAUCUGAAGAGGAAGUGUCAGGGCGAGUUUGGAAAUUGUCCGAAGACUCAGAUACCAGUAUGAGUAGCAACACAUCAGCUGCAAGUAAAGGAAGUGUCAAAUUUAGUUUCGAAGGGCCGAAAAUAUCUCCACUGGGAGGGGAGCGAAGUGGCAAGAAGACCCCCAAAGGCGAUGGUGCUGACUAUUAUUCCAAGAAUAAUUUCUCUUUGAUCAUUCGCAACAAAUUAGCUGGAAGUCAGCUAAACAACUCUGUCGCAUCUAUAACCAGAGGGACCACAAUAAUAGAUGCUUUGAGAUUGGAAAAGAAGGACUCUAUUUCAUCUGCGGAGGGGAUUUCGCCAGACAAACGUCCCACUCCACUGCAUUCGAAACAAAGACUUUACCGACCCAGGGGGAGCAUAUCCUCUGGUUCCACUGACAGUGCCAAUAUAAUUGAAAAUCGUCCGUUGAGCCAAGACUCGCCAGCAUCACCUCCAUCGUCUCUACCCUCGUCUUUGUCGUCAAUCCACUCCUCCGAAGAGGCAGCACGUCUUACAGGUGAAAACAUGACGGCAUUUCAAGUGUCAAGGCGUAAGCGGGUAUCGUCCGUCAAUGGCUCACUCGUGAUUAGCAGAAUCUAGAACUAGUAUCUUAUAGACAAUCACGGACAUAGUAAUUAGUACAUAUGGCGUCUUUCGUUUUGCAUAUGCAACGUAGCACAAUGCCAAUAACAAGAAUGUUUCGUUCCAAAACGACAAACAUCCCAAAAUAUCCGUGUUUGUUUCUACUUCGACGUCAUAUGAUAACUCUCCCCUCGUCACUAACCAAGUAAGUAACUGAUACGUACUAAAUAAGUAAUGAAAUGUGCCAAAUAACAAUUCUUUAUACCAAAUAUGUAUUUCUACAUACCAAAUAUGUAUUUCUACAUACCAAAUAUGUAUUUCUACAUACCAAAUAUGUAUUUCUACAUACCAAAUAUGUAUUUCUACAUACCAAAUAUGUAUUUCUACAUACCAAAUAUGUAUUUCUACAUACCAAAUAUGUAUUUCUACAUACCAAAUAUGUAUUUCUACAUACCAAAUAUGUAUUUCUACAUACCAAAUAUGUAUUUCUACAUACCAAAUAUGUAUUUCUACAUACCAAAUAUGUAUUUCUACAUACCAAAUAUGUAUUGAUACAUACCAAAUAAUAAUUUUACUUACCAAAUAUGUAGUGACAUGUACCAAAUAGGUUUAUUCUACCUACAAAGUAAGCAAGGAGACCAAAAAUACAUUAAUACAUUGCCAAUACAAAACUCAAAACCCAAAUCGUUUUUGGCAAUGAACGUCAUUUUUUCAUACUCUUCAUUUCGGGAAAACCUGUUUAUGGAGAUCUUAGUUAGUAUUUGACAUGACCUAGUCUUUAUUGUAUUAUACCAAAAUUGUAAAUAGAUUUUGAUACACAAUCGUUAGGAAAUAUGAUAAAUUGUUUUGCUGGUGAUUAUGGUGCCAGAAAAAGUAAGGGAAUAUUUUUUACGUAUGUAUUGUAAAUAAAGAGGUCAUAUUGAUUUCAAACCAAGAAGAUACAA